UUUCCGAGGUUGGGGCGCGAUGCCGGCGCCCGCCUUGCUCGGAGGGUCCCUCGCGGCGCGGGCGGGCGGCACGGGAGCCUCCGGCGCGCGGGAUCCUGCCGAGCUCCUCCCGCCACCGCGAUGGCAACGGCCCCGGGGGUGUCACAUGUAACCGGCACUACUUUACCGUGAACUUCAACCACGAGAACCAGAAGACGCUGGAGCUGAGGACGGAGGACGCCAAGGACUGUGACGAGUGGGUCGCGGCCAUUGCCCAUGCCAGCUACAGGAACCUGGCGACGGAGCACGAAGCCCUGAUGCAGAAGUACCUGCAUUUGCUCCAGAUCGUGGAGACGGAGAAGACCGUGGCCAAACAGCUGCGGCAGCAGAUCGAGGACGGCGAGAUCGAGAUCGAGCGUCUCAAAGCCGAGAUCGCCGCCCUGCUCAAGGACAACGAGCGCAUCCAGUCCGGGCAGAGCAGCGCGCCCAGCGACGACGACAGCGACAUCAAGAAGAUCAAGAAGGUGCAGAGCUUCCUGCGCGGCUGGCUCUGCCGCCGCAAGUGGAAGACCAUCAUCCAGGACUACAUCCGCUCGCCGCACGCCGACAGCAUGCGCAAGCGCAACCAGGUGGUGUUCAGCAUGCUGGAGGCCGAGGCCGAGUACGUGCAGCAGCUGCACAUCCUGGUCAACAACUUCCUGCGGCCGCUGCGCAUGGCCGCCAGCUCCAAGAAGCCGCCCAUCACGCACGACGACGUCAGCAGCAUCUUCCUCAACAGCGAAACCAUCAUGUUUCUGCACCAGAUCUUCUACCAGGGCCUGAAAGCGCGGAUCUCCAGCUGGCCCACGCUGGUGCUGGCCGACCUCUUCGACAUCCUGCUGCCCAUGCUGAACAUCUACCAGGAGUUCGUGCGGAACCACCAGUACAGCCUGCAGAUCCUGGCACACUGCAAGCAGAACCGCGACUUCGACAAGCUGCUGAAGCACUACGAGGCCAAGCCCGACUGCGAGGAGAGGACGCUCGAGACCUUCCUCACCUACCCCAUGUUCCAGAUCCCGCGCUACAUCCUGACGCUGCACGAGCUGCUGGCGCACACCCCGCACGAGCACGUGGAGAGGAACAGCCUGGAUUAUGCCAAGUCCAAGCUGGAGGAGCUCUCCAGGAUCAUGCACGACGAGGUGAGCGAGACCGAGAACAUCCGCAAGAACCUGGCCAUCGAGCGCAUGAUCAUCGAGGGCUGCGAGAUCCUGCUGGACACCAGCCAGACCUUCGUCCGGCAAGGGUCGCUCAUCCAGGUGCCCAUGUCGGAGAAGGGGAAGAUCCCGCGGGGGCGGCUGGGCUCGCUGUCGCUGCGCAAGGAGGGCGAGCGGCAGUGCUUCCUCUUCUCCAAGCACCUCAUCAUCUGCACGCGCGGCUCGGGCGGCAAGCUCCACCUCACCAAGAACGGCGUCAUCUCCCUCAUCGACUGCACGCUCGUCGAGGAGCAGGAGAGCACCGACGAGGACGCAAAAGCAUCCGGGCAGGACAUCGACCAUCUCGACUUCAAAAUUGUGGUGGAGCCAAAAGAUUCCUCCUCCUUCACGGUCAUCCUGGUGGCGUCGUCUAGGCAGGAGAAGGCUGCGUGGACCAGCGACAUCAGCCAGUGCGUGGACAACAUCCGCUGCAACGGCCUCAUGAUGAACGCCUUCGAGGAGAACUCCAAGGUCACCGUCCCCCAGAUGAUCAAGUCUGACGCCAGCCUGUAUUGUGAUGAUGUUGACAUUAGGUUCAGUAAAACGAUGAAUUCCUGCAAGGUCCUGCAGAUCCGCUACGCCAGCGUGGAGCGGCUCCUGGAGAGGCUCACGGACCUGCGCUUCCUCAGCAUCGACUUUCUGAACACGUUCCUGCACUCGUACCGCGUCUUCACCACGGCCCUCGUCGUCCUCGACAAGCUCAUCACCAUCUACAAGAAGCCGAUCAGCGCCAUCCCCGCACGUCGUUCCGUUUUCUCGGCAGGCUCGGACGUGUCCGUUAGGGAAGAGUCUGACACUGACCCGAACCAGAGUGAUGAAGCAGAAGCCGAAACCUCCCCGACAAAAUCCCCGACUACCCCCAAGUCCGUCAAGUGCAAAAAUUCCUCAGGGUACCGCUCGCUGCGCGGGGCCGCGCGGCGCCCUGCGACCGUGUCCCUUGCAGGCUUCCCGAGCGACCAGCGCAACGGCGACAAGGAGUUCGUGAUACGCAGGGCGGCCACCAACCGCGUGCUCAACGUGCUGCGCCACUGGGUCUCCAAGCACUCGCAGGUGAGCGCCCUGAACCGCCACGCGCACGGCCGAGCUCCCGGCCAAGGGAGCUGCAAGGACAAGCUGCACCCCACGGGCUCCGGCCCCCCAGCCAGAGCGGCUCCGUUUUCCUGCCGCAGGACCCUGACGCAGGAGGACCCCGGGGACAACCAGAUCUCCCUGGAGGAGGUGCUGCACAUGGCAAUGACCGGCCCCCACCGUGUCCCUUAGGCGGAGGGCGUCAGAGCCGAACCCUUCGAGAACCACUCGGCGCUGGAAAUCGCGGAGCAGCUCACGCUGCUCGACCACCUGGUGUUCAAGAAGAUCCCCUACGAGGAGUUCUUUGGGCAAGGCUGGAUGAAGCUGGAGAAGAACGAGCGGACCCCGUACAUCAUGAAGAACACCAAGCACUUCAAUGACGUCAGCAACUUGAUAGCGUCGGAGAUCCUGCGCAACGAGGAGAUCAACGCGCGGGUGAGCGCCAUCGAGAAGUGGGUGGCGGUGGCGGACAUCUGCCGGUGCCUGCACAACUACAACGCGGUGCUGGAGAUCACCUCCUCGCUCAACCGCAGUGCCAUCUUCCGCCUCAAGAAGACGUGGCUCAAGGUCUCCAAGCAGCUCACAGCAAUGAUCCUGCCUUCCUUCCGUCCAUCCAUCCAUCCACCCUGCAGCUGCGACCCUCCCUGCGUGCCCUACCUGGGAAUGUACCUGACCGACCUGGCCUUCAUAGAGGAGGGGACGCCCAACUACACGGAGGACGGGCUGGUGAACUUCUCCAAGAUGAGGAUGAUCUCGCACAUCAUCAGGGAGAUCCGGCAGUUCCAGCAGACCUCCUACAAGAUCGAGCACCAGGCUAAGGUAGAGCCCCCGGGAGCGGAGGGGACGUGGCUGGCGCCGCUGCCAGGGACAGGUGGGGGACCGUGA